UUCACCCUUCUCUGUGUUGUGAUUCCGGCUUCAUGUAAACGGAUAGAAAUUUAGUUUCUGUAAACAGAAAUACAGUUUUUGAAUCAUGCCCUUAAAUAGGUAAUAUCAUCCUCAUAGUUGUGACUAAGUGUUGAAUCAAGCAGGAAUAUCUGGAGGAGAAUCAUCUGAACUGCUGUGAAGAUGGUGUUUGUUAAAGAAGAGAGUAAAGAGAACAUGAUUGAACCAGAAACAUGGAGAAUAAAACAAGAAGAACCAGAAACAUGGAGAAUAAAACAAGAAGAACCAGAAACCUGUAGAAUAAAACACGAGGAACAAGACUUGUUUGAAGUUAAUGAAGAACUGAGUGAAUUUGAGGAGAAAUGUCAUGUUAAUAGUGGAAAAAAACCCAAACAGAAAAGUGUAAGGAAAAGAAGAGGCGAUAAAUCUUUCACCUGCACUCAGUGCGGAAAGAGUUUCACUCGCAAAACAAGUCUCGAGCUUCACAUGAGAGUUCAUACCGGAGAGAAACCGUUCGCUUGUGAUCAGUGCGGGAUGACUUUCACGUACUCCUCGAACCUUAAGAAACACACGAACACUCACAUUGGAGAGAAGCUGUACUCAUGCGAUCAAUGCAGCAAAACGUUCUCAAGUGCUUCGGCCCUGAAGCGGCACCUGAAGAUUCACUCAAGGGACACGCCGAAUUCAUGUUGCCUGUGUGGAAAGAGUUUUUCACUUCUUUGCAGCUCGAAAACGGAUGGGAUGGGAAACGUACGGAUGGGAAAACACACCUCAUCCUCCCUCACUCUCAGCACUGGAGCCCCUCAGGGUUGUGUUCUGAGCCCCCUGCUGUACUCGCUGUACACACAUGACUGUGUGGCCACUACAAACUCAGAUUCAGUGAUUAAAUCGCAUCUGAGAACGCAUGAGAGGACCCACACCGGAGAGAAACCUUACGAGUGUUCACACUGCGAGAAGAGAUUCAGUCAUUCAGCAACUCUGAAAACACACGAGAGGAUCCACACCGGAGAGAAACCCUAUGAGUGUUCAAACUGUGACAAGAGAUUCAGUCAGUCAACGCAUCUGAAAACACACGAGAGGAUCCACACCGGAGAGAAGCCUUAUAAGUGUUCACACUGCAGCAAGAGAUUCAGUCAUUCAGGGGUCCUGAAUAGACAUGAGAGGAUUCACACUUGA